UUAAAAAUGAUUGUGGAAAUUAUAGGUCUUUAGUGACGUUUUAUAUUUAUAACAAUAAUUAAUUUAUUUCCUAGCGCGAUUGGGCAGCAAUCAGGGCAGCUAAUAGCAUCACAGAUUGUUGUUGUGGUCCUCCGGCGCAUACAGUACAGUCUAUGGCGCAGUAUGUUAUUGUUGAACGCGGCAAAAACGAAGCCUCACAAAGAGUGAAAUCCCUAAUGAAAAUCCUGUAAGUUCUUCGUUUAUGUUUAUAUCUCCAUAAUAAUUGCUUAUUAUAGUAAAAUAUUUGGAGUUGGUGUUCCUAUAUCAAAAGUUGCAUUAACUAAUUUACCCAGUGUAACGUAAUGAUUAGAAGAGUGCGUUUGUCAACGUUUCUUGCUAGCUGUAUGUGUAUGACGCAUAGGUAUGAAGCCAAAUAAUCUGCCAGCUAACAGCAGUUAUCCACUUUGUCAUGUCAGGGAUUUAUAUAAGGUGCUGUAACUUUGUUGCUCCAGAAUUAGAGGGUUACCUGUUAGAUUAUAGCCAAUCACCUUCUCCAGACACCACUACAAAACUGGGACUAGCCCAAACCAUGAAAUACAUCCCAAGACCAUUAUCCCACCUUCAAAAUAUGUCAAUAUAAUUUUGCCUGCAGUAUAUAGUGUAGCAAGGUAGUCUUCAGUAUUUUUUAUAAUUAGCUACAUUUUAGGGGACCCCCCAAGAGUCAAGUCAUUUCAUAGGUGCUGCACCUAAACCUUAUGACGGCAGGGAAACCCCCUGUCUUACAUCUGCACCGUGCAGAGAGAGAGGCCUGCACAGCUGCAGGUAGUCCACAUCCGGAUGAACUGCCUUCGAUCAUCUCCUGGCAGUUUGCACGCGAACGCUGCGUGCUGCGAUGAGGCACAGAAGCUGACUUUAUUAUGUGAGCGACGCUGCGCUCGUUGGCUGGACGGCUGACAGCGCAGGAAGCGACUGCGCGUGCGCGAGGCUGCCAGCGCACUGAUUGGCUAAAGGUGACAUCAUCCAGUCGAGCUCUAUUGUGGGAACGAUGAGCUCAUCGUUUAGAAGCCAGUUGGUGAGCGCGGAGUGAGGACGCAGAAGGCAGUAGAGGACAGCUUUAAUCUGGAGCAGCAGCGGACUGUCGGAUACUGGGACUGGGACAGAGACUGGGACUGGGACUGGGACAGACGCCUGGACUGGGACUGGGACUGGGACAGACGCUGGGACUGCUCUGGGCUUCUGCUGCAACAACAGGACUGUCCGGCCAUUCCACAGGGACAAAACAGUGCUGUCCCCUGUUGUGCUGCAGGUAUGGUAUGGUCCCAGCAGAGCGAGGCGGAGCGGCCCGCGCUGUCCGCCAUCCUGCCGCGGCUCUACCUGGGAGCGGAGAGCGACGUCACGCAGGAGCGGCUGGCCUCUCUCGGGAUCUCCUAUGUGCUGAGCGUGAGCCGCUGCAGCCCCCAGCCCUCCUUCCUGCCCUGCUCCAGAUAUCUCCGCGUCCCCAUUGACGACUCUCUGCGGGACGAGCUGCUGCCCUGGAUCCCACAGGCUCUGCACUUCAUCGACGCGGCCAUGUCCUCCGGAGCCUCGGUGCUGGUUCACUGUGCAGCAGGAAUCUCUCGCUCCCCGGCUCUGGCUGUCGCUUACAUCAUGUACAGCCUGGGAAUGGACCUGGACCACGCCUACAGGUUUGUGAAAGAGCGUCGGCCCUCCAUUUCCCCAAACUUCAACUUCCUGGGUCAGCUGCAGCACUUCCAGGGCACUCUGUCCCAGAAGGCCUCGGGGGGCCGCCUCCACAUCCAGCAGCUGGACGACCGUCUGCCAUCCAUCCCCGACAGUGUCACCCGCUCUCCCAUCAGCCAGAACGUGAGUCGUCAGGGUGACGGCCGCGGCGGCAGCGGGGCAGCGAGGCACACGCGGAGAACUGGUGUGACGCGGAGCAGAGGAGGCCGAGACGCUCGGAGUCCGAUGGAAGUGGCCGGCGGCCGGUUUCUCUGUCAGGGGAACUUCAGACUCUUCGUUUGACUCUUACUCAAAUCCAGCAGCAAACCCAGACACCGCGUGAGCUCCCGGCUCCAAGCCCCCGUGAGCCAGUCGGGCCGUUGGCGAAGCCCACACGACUACAACUCCCAGCAGGCUCCGCUUCUCUCUUAGAGAAACGCAAAAGCCUCACCCUGUCUUUGACCCCGUUGGG